AGCGGCCGGCCGCCCAUGGCGUUCGCGCUGCUGCGCCCCGUCGGCGCGCACGUGCUGUACCCGGACGUGCGGCUACUGAGCGAGGACGAGGAGAACCGCAGCGAGAGCGACGCCUCCGACCAGUCGUUCGGCUGCUGCGAGGGCCUGGAGGCGACACGGCGCGGCCCGGGCCCCGGGGGCGGGCGGCGGGCGUCCAGCAGCGCGGGCCCGGUGGUGGUGGUGCGACAGCGGCAGGCGGCCAACGCGCGGGAGCGGGACCGCACGCAGAGCGUGAACACGGCCUUCACGGCGCUGCGCACGCUCAUCCCCACCGAGCCGGUGGACCGCAAGCUAUCCAAGAUCGAGACGCUGCGCUUGGCGUCCAGCUACAUCGCGCACCUGGCCAACGUGCUGCUGCUGGGCGACGCGGCCGACGACGGGCAGCCGUGCUUCCGAGCGGCGGGCACCGCCAAGAGCGCGGUCCCAGCCGCCCCCGACGGCGGCCGCCAGCCGCGUUCCAUCUGCACCUUCUGCCUCAGCAACCAGCGCAAGGGGGGUAGCCGUCGUGACCUGGGGGGCAGCUGCUUGAAGGUGAGGGGGGUGGCCCCAGUUCGAGUGCCUCGGAGAUGAGCCUGGACCCCUAUGUCAUUUGUUCCAAGCAGGACCCUGAGAAGGAGGCCAGAGGCCAACCACUGGGCGAACAGGGGAAGACCCCAGGAGCUGAACCCAGGUCCCUUCUUCGUGUAGGGACCAGAGGACAAUGGCCUGGGCCCAUGACCCUAUGAGCAGGCCCCCUGGGACAUCUCCACCCCACCCUGGAGAGCCGUGAGGACCCAUGCAGCCGGCCCGAGCCCUGGCUGGUCAGAGACAAGGCAGAACUUUUGGAAAAACAAAGACUGUUGUUGACAGAGGAUGUGUGUGUCUGUGCAUGAGUGUGGGUGUGUGUAUGAGAGAGAGAGAAUUGAUGGGUUUAAAAUAAAAGGUAUUUUUAAGUAAAAAAUGUUCCCAGCUGAAGAAGGGAGGGGCCUGGGGACAUCAGAGGUCAGAGGUGGCCCCUCUCCUGGACCUUGGAAGAGACACAGGUGUCACAGGUGCCACCCUGUGCCCUGGAGGGGGUGGAGCUGGGGGAAGGCAGGGGACGCCCCUCUCUAGAAGUCGAGAUAACCAAUCUUUCCUCACUGUCUUCCUGAACAACUGUUGGGUGUCUGGUGUGGUUGGUAAAAAAAAAGAAAAUUCUUAAUUUUAUUUAUUUUUGAAUAAGGAAUGUAUUCAUCCACUUGGUUCAAAAUUCAAAAGGUACAAGAGGGUAUGUGGUGAAAAGUCUCCCUCCCUCUUGUCCUCCGGCCGCGGUUCUCCCGCCGCAGGCAGGCUCAGCCACUAGUUUUUUUGUGACAUCCCUAUUCCUUGUGAAUAACCAAGCAAAUACAGAAAUAUACAUAUAUGUUUUCUUCCACUCUUUACACAAACAGUAGCAUAGUGUACCCACUUUCUGCUCCAUGCAUUUUUUUUCCCCUUAAUCUAGCUUGGGUGUUAUCCCAAGUCAGUACAUAAAAGUAAAGGGUAUCUUCAUUCCUUCAGUAGCUGUUUAUUCCAUUUUGUGAACAUACCAUACUUAAACCCACCCCUUAUCCACGUCUUUACAAACAGGGCCAGGUAGGCACGUGGUUUUUCACAUGUGCAAAUGCGUGUGUGCUGACGGGAUACUUUUGCCCAUGUUGGAGCUGAGAAGAUUUAAAGAAACAAUGACAGGGCUUCCCUGGUGGCACAGUGGUUAAGAAUCCGCCUCCCAAUGCAGGGGACACGGGUUCAAGCCCUGGUCCAGGAAGAUCCCACAUGCUGCAGAGCAACUAAGCCCAUGCACCACAAGUACUGAGCCUGUGCUCUAGAGCCCGAGAGCCAAAACUACUGAAGCCUGUGCGCCCAGAGCCGGUGCUCCACAACAAGAGAAGCCACUGCAAUGAGAAGCCCGCGCACCGCAACAAAGAGUAGCCCCUGCUCGCCGCAGCUAGCGCAGCAAUGAAGACCCAACGCAGCCAAAAAUAAAUAAAUUAAAAAAAUGUAAAGAAACAAUGACAUCCAAAGGCACGUGGCUGGCACAUGGCAGGGUGACAAUGUGAGGUCUGUCCACCUAUAAAGCCCAAAGUGAGCUCCUUCCCUUGCCCUGGAGAUGCCCCAGAUUGGGUGCCAGGUCCUGUGACCCUGAUUAUUCUCCCAGAAGCCCUGGGAGGUGGGGGCCGGUGUUUCCCCAUCUCACAGAUCUGUCCCUGUGGGGCCAGGACUGGGGAAGCUGUAGAGGCUGGAGGCAGGGGAGACAGGGAGAGGGGCCAGGAGAGGCGGCAGAGCCAGGCAGCCACCCUCUCCUCCAGGUACGUUCAUAUGCCUAUUUUUUAAUCUAUUUUUUUAACAGACACUUAUUUAGUGUUUACCAGCUGAAGCCUGGCUCUACAUUCCAUGCCUGUAUCCACUCUGCUUUGUCACCCCCUGUAUUUGACCCUCGGACAGAGCCUGAAGUGGGGCUGCCCAUUUUGCAGAUCAACAAACAAUCCCCCUUCGGGAGCUAAUUAGGAGAGCACAGUGUACCCCCUGCACCUACCCCGCUCCAGGGCCAGGCAGCCCCUGGCAAAGCCACGGGAAAAGGACUGUGACCUUGUCAAUGGCAGGAAACCUGGAAGUGGGGACAGAGCAGACACUUGGGUGCUUUGGGCUGGAGGCCCACUUCUGCCACCAGAUUAGCUGGAUGACCCCGGAGAAGUUGCUUGACCCCUCUGGCCCUCCCUGGCCUAAUCCCUAAUCAGCAAGAACAGUUGGGACAGAAAAAUAAUUAUUUGUUUUGCCUUAAGUCGUUUUUAAUAGACUAUGCACUGGGUAAAUAAUGUAAGUUGUAUCCAAUAGUAUGCAGUGAAAAGUAUGUACCUCCCUCAGGCUCCUCCCCAAAGGCACUUCUGCUGUUUCCUGUGUGUCCUUCCAGAAAUGCUCUAUACUGAUUACUGGUUCUGAAAAAGUAUUUAUAGAUUUCUCUGCUUAUGUUUUCAUUGUAAAAAAAAAUUGAAAUACUGCAAGACCCUAGAAAUAUCACCCAUCCCAAAGACAACUACAGUUAACAUUGUAGUAAUCCUGAAGAGUUUUUGUAAAACACAUACACUUAAACAAUCAUUUGCAGCAUACUGAGUUAACACUUUUUAUCAA